UAAGUAGCUUCGAUUAGUGCGACGCGAGCAGUGCCAUCGAGUGGAAGUACAUAGAGAUUAUCCGCGAGAAACCGAUACGUUCCAAUUCGAUCCGCUACCCACAGUGCUACCCGCAGAAUAGAAUAGAACAGAACCGAUCAUGUCGAUAAGAAAGAGCUUGUUUGGCUGCCUGACGGUGGCUCUACUAAUGGUGACGAUGCUCCACUCCGUCCGGGCGGACAUCGAGACAAACGAAGUGAACGAUCAAGAUGUGUACAUGCUGCAGGGAGUGCGGGUGUAUCCGAAUGACCGCCAGUGCGUGCUGGUUGGAGGACUGUGCGUGAAGACCAGCGACUGUACGGAACCCACCAACAACAAGGGCCUGUGCCCCACCAGCGUACACCACGGCGUGGAGUGCUGCUACGAACUGCCGGUCCGACCAGCGCCCUGUGCGGAACACCUGGGAAUGUGCAUGGAUCGAUGCCACCAGAGGCUCCUGAGACCUGGUACCGAUUGCGUUAAUGGACAAGUUUGCUGUGUUUUGAUUUAGUUAUAAUACACUUACACACACACACACACAUAUACACUUCUACACACCCACACAAACACACACACACACACCAGACACACUUACAUAUAACAUGUAUUUAUUUAACUAUAUAUUAAUUAUGUUGUACGAUCCACAUCACCCCGACAAGAGUGAAAUAUUUGACUGCUUCCAAUAAAUGCAUUGUAAAUAUUUUCAAAA